AUGGAUGCAUCCACCCUCAGUGCUCUUAUUGAUGCGUCCAGUGAAGAACUGGCACAACUUCACAAACGUCUAGGAUGUCCACCAGAGGAACUGGAAAAGGCCAUGGCCGAUCUUAAAGCGUGCAUUCGAGACGCUAUUCAUGCGCAGGUCCACGACGUACAGACGCGUGUCGAGAAAGUCGAAGAGACGUGCCGUAAGCAUGAAGAACGUAUCCAGCUUCUGUGCAAAGUCACAGGGGCUACCCAUACACCGCCCCCCUCGUCAGAGGCGCUCCUGGCACAGCAAGCGCAGCUCGCAGCGGAGCAGACACGGCUGGAGUCGCUGUAUGAGUCGCAUCGUGACCAAUGCGACCUCGUCCUUAGUCAGGCCAAGGCAUUGAAUGAAUGCAUGUCGCAAGCGGGUGGGGAACCCACGCUUCCGCCCGAUGUCGAUGGCAUGCGCAACGUCACACCGGAUACGCUACGCCAACUGGAAGCAUACUUACACCGUGUCCAGGACGUGUACAAAGAACGAAAACUACAGAUGGAGGCGCAAAUCACAGAAAUCUUGCAGCUCUGGUCGGAACUACAUAUCAUGCCUAAGGUGACGGUGCACGCAGGUCGUGCUGUGGCUCUCACAGAGCAGGAUACACAGACUCGUUUCCAUUUGGCUAUUCUGGAGUAUACACAGCAGGUGCCUGUGCUAGACGCCGACAAGGCCUUCCAUGGCCAGUUUGAUCCUAUGCCACUCCCAGCGUCAUCCCAAGGCGAUGCGACACCGGAUUUGCUCCAGCCUACCAACGCCAUCCUUGAACAGAGUGUCGAACUACGCACCUCCUUGGAGCGCGAAAAAUCCGAGCGCGAGUCCAAUAUCCAGUCGUAUUAUGACGAGCUAUGCGAGUUGUGGAUGCGCUUCGAUGUCCCCGAGACGGAAAUGGACGCGUUUGUCCUUGAUCACCGCGGAAGUACGUUGGACGUCGUGGAGGCCUACCGAACGGAGCUGGAGAAAAUGCGCGUGCUCAAGACGCAGCACAUGGCAUUGUUCAUUGCCAAGACGCGCGAGCAGAUUUGGGAGCAAUGGGAUGCGUUGUAUAUGAGCGAAGCAGAGCGUGAAUCAUCGUUCCCUGCGUACUUCCUUACGCUGCCGAGCGAUGACGACUUGGUCUCUGCCUCCUUUGAUUGGGACGAGUUGCUUGCGCAGCAUGAAGCUGUGUAUACCAAGCUGACAGAGAUGCUUGAACAACGUGCACCCAUUCUGCAGCUCAUUGGGCGGUACCGUGCGAUCUGCGACGAAGCGCGAGCGCUGGAAGAAAGCGCGCAGGACGGGACCCGUUUGCUGGGCCGUGGCAACCGUGGCGAUCCAGGCCGAUUGCUCCGUGAGGAGAAGAUGCGGAAACGUGUCAAGGUCCAGAAGCCGAAACUCGAGCAGGAGCUUCUCAAGGUCCUGCCGAAUUGGGAAGCGGAGCACAACAUGCCCUUCUUGAUGGAUGGCGUGCGGUUUAUUGACUAUUUGCGUGAUCAGCUUGGCGGUGCGAAAGAGAAUCCACGCAGCGCACGUCGGCCUGGCGCUCCGUCGACAGAUCGCUUAGGCGCCUCACGUACGGCGAACCAUGUGCCUAGCGCCGCAGCCUCGGACGCCCCGCUCAAACGCCCCCCUACGACGCGGCCUGUAUCGGUCGCUGCGACGCAUCGUCGAGCGCCCACGUCAGCCUCCGCGUCAGGACCGGGCGCGACACGUGGACGUACCGCUUCACAAUCGCGCACGGCGCCGUACCACGUUGCCUCAACGCCCAGUGCCAAGGUCGGUGUGACGUCCUCCGCCUCGACACUGCCGGACGCUCUUUUGACCCCCCCGUCUCAUACGAGUAGUGCGGCAUCGCUGGCCUCAUCAACGUCGUCGCACACACGUACACCCAGCUCGUUAGUAGCCUCUUCGCUAUCUCGAGCGCAUACGCCUGCGUUGCCUCGCUGGUAA